AAAAAGAAAUGACGGAUGAGAAAGAGCUCUCUUGUUCUGGGAGGACAUCAUUGCGCAUGCGUACCCCUGGGCAGGGGCGGACUGACAACUCAUGGGGCCCCCGGGCAAUAGGGGAUCAUGGGGCCCCUGUGUCCUUGCCCAAACUCAAAAAAGCCUAUGAAAAAGGUACCAGGGGCACCUCAUGGGGCCCCCUACUGACCCCGGGCCCUCGGGCAGUGCCCGAGUUUCCAAAUGGUCAGUCCACCCCU